CCCCCGAAGUUCCGCCCGCGGGGCCUGGGGGCCGUGCGAGGCCCCCGAGUUCCAGGGCUGGGGAAAGCGCUGGGGUCCCGAAGUUCUGGAGUCGGGGUCCGGGCGGGGACUGCGCGGGAGGUUCCCAAAGUUCUGGACCCGGCGUUGGAGGAGGCUGCGAAGGGGUCCCCGAAGUUUCGGACCUGGGGUGGCGGAAUAGUGCGGGAGGGGUCCCGGAAUUCCGGACAGGGGACUGGAGGGGUGGCAGGGGGGGCCUCGAAGUCUAGGAGUUGGGUACAAGGGGGAGUCUCCAAGUUCUGGAUCUGGGGCUAGAGGUGGCAGCGCGGGAGGGGGUCCACGAAGUUACGGACCUGGGGUUGUAGAGGAGGUGUCCCCGAAGUUCUGGACCCAGAGUCGGGGGGCAUCGCGGGGAUCUCGGAAGUUCCACGGUCGGGGCGCGCGUCCCGAAGUUGGGGUGCGCACUGGUGUCCUGAUGCGGGUGAGGACUGGGUCCUGAAUGAGUAUCAAGCCCCCCUGAAGUGGGGCGCGUGGGACGGGGCCUCACCCACCGGCCUGACUGGGGAUUCCUGUCACCGGGCGGUGUCGGACCCCCCUCCGGGAGCCCCGCGUCCGGCGGCGUCCGAGGCGCAUGACUAGUUGGGGCCAAGCCAGCGGCUCCUGCCACCCCUCUGGCUGCCGCUUAGAGCCUUCCCAGCCCAGCCUGACCAAUGUCCACAGCCAGGGAGCAGCCCAUCUUCAGCACACGGGCGCACGUGUUCCAGAUUGACCCGGCCACCAAGCGGAACUGGAUCCCAGCCGGCAAGCACGCGCUCACUGUCUCCUAUUUCUACGAUGCCACCCGCAAUGUCUACCGCAUCAUCAGCAUCGGGGGUGCCAAGGCCAUCAUUAACAGCACCGUCACCCCCAACAUGACCUUUACCAAAACCUCCCAGAAGUUCGGGCAGUGGGCGGACAGUCGUGCCAACACUGUCUACGGCCUUGGCUUUGCCUCUGAGCAGCAUCUGACACAGUUUGCGGAGAAGUUCCAGGAAGUGAAGGAAGCGGCGAGGCUGGCACGGGAGAAAUCUCAGGAUGGUGGGGAGCUCACCAGUCCAGCCCUGGGGCUCGCCUCCCACCAGGUGCCCCCAACCCCCCUUGUCAGUGCCAAUGGCCCCGGCGAGGAGAAGCUGUUCCGCAGCCAGAGCGCGGACGCCCCCGGCCCCACGGAGCGAGAGCGGCUCAAGAAGAUGCUGUCCGAGGGCUCCGUGGGCGAGGUACAGUGGGAGGCCGAGUUCUUCGCGCUGCAGGACAGCAACAACAAGCUGGCGGGCGCGCUGCGAGAGGCCAACGCCGCUGCCGCCCAGUGGAGGCAGCAGCUGGAGGCCCAGCGAGCGGAGGCUGAGCGGCUGCGGCAGCGGGUGGCUGAACUGGAGGCCCAGGCAGCUGCGGAGGCUCCCCAGGUCAGCGAGAAGGAAGUGCCGGCUCAGUCGCUGGAGCAGCUGGAGGCACUAGUGCAGACCAAGGACCAGGAGAUCCAGACCCUGAGGACACAGACGGGCGGGCCCCGAGAGGCCCCGGACACCACUGAGCGUGAGGAGACGCAGCAAAAGGUGCAGGACCUGGAGACCCGCAACGCGGAGCUGGAACAUCAGCUGCGGGUGACGGAGCGCAGCCUGGAGGAGGCGCGGGCGGAGCGGGAGCGGGCGCGGGCCGAGGUGGGCCGGGCGGCGCAGCUGCUGGACGUGCGGCUGUUCGAGUUGAGCGAGCUGCGUGAGGGCCUGGCCCGCCUGGCUGAGGCCGCGCCCUGAUCCUGGCUGCCGCGUCUGAGUGGGAGCAGGGCCCUCGGCUGCUUGUACAGGAACGAUUCCGGCCCACCGCGUGGGCCAGGCUGCGGGCGGCAGGCAGGCGCAUUCGCCCUAGCAGGGACUGGGGGUCCCCACUCAGCCCGGGGCAGGCCUGGCCACACCUCCCCAGCCGGCCCUGGCCGUUCACAGCCGGGGGCUGUUUUUGAGCUUUCCAUUGUGUAGAAUUUCUAGAUCCCUGGGGUGUGUACUGAU